AUGCGAUCCAAGUUUAAGGACGAGCACCCAUUCGAGAAGCGCAAGGCUGAAGCUGAACGCAUCCGUCAAAAAUACUCCGACCGUAUCCCCGUCAUCUGCGAGAAGGUCGAGAAAUCCGACAUCGCCACGAUCGACAAGAAGAAGUAUCUCGUUCCCAGCGAUCUCACCGUCGGUCAAUUUGUAUACGUUAUCCGCAAGCGUAUCAAGCUUUCCCCAGAAAAGGCCAUCUUCAUUUUCGUCGAUGAGGUCUUACCGCCCACUGCCGCUUUGAUGAGCUCCAUCUAUGAGGAACACAAGGAUGAGGAUGGAUUCCUCUACAUCUCAUACUCGGGCGAAAACACCUUCGGUGAAGCUUUAGAAGAAGCCAACUAA